AUGCUUCAUGCAGACUUUUACUAUGACGCCAUCGAUCAAAUUGUUGCUCAUACCCUCGAUCCCCAUACCACACUCGUGACCCUUACUGUCCUCGCCAAAGGCCUUUGCUCAGAUGUAGCUGAAUGGGAUAUCCAGGAGCAUCGACUGACUUUGUUAUACAACUACUGGACCAGCUUUGAGGGCAAGACGCGUCAAGACGUCCUAGGAAUCGGAGAACUUUACCACCCUUUUCGAUUGCUCCAACACCGUCGUGUUCAAGGGUAA